GCGCCCAUUUCAGAUUGCUAAACUCCAGAGUCAAGGGAAAAAAAGCGGGGAGGAGGUGGAAAGCCACACCCCGCGGCGCCCGCGAAUUUCCCCAGGAGCCGACGGUGGCACAGGCAGACGCGGCCGAGAUGCGGGGCUGGGGGCUACUGACCGCCGCCCACCUAGUGUGCGUGUGGACCGCCGUGCUGGCCGCGGCCCUCCGGCCUAGGUUUCUGGUGACAGCCCCAGGGAUCGUCAGGCCUGGAGGAAAUGUGACUAUUGGGGUGGAGCUUCUGGAACACAGCCCCUCCCAGGUCACUGUGAAGGCCGAGUUGGUCAAGAUGGCAGCCAACCUCACUGUCUCUGUCCUGGAAGCAGAAGGAGUCUUUGAAAAAGGCUCUUUCAAGACACUUAUUCUUCCAUCACUACCUCUGAACAGUGCAGACGGGAUUUAUGAGCUGCAUGUAACUGGACGGGCCCAGGAUGAGAUUUUAUUUUCUAAUAGUACGCGCUUAUCAUUUGAGACCAAGAGAAUGACUGUCUUCAUUCAAACAGACAAGUCUCUAUACAAGCCAAAGCAGGAAGUGAAGUUUCGUAUUGUUACACUCUUCUCAGAUUUUAAACCUUAUAAAACUUCUUUAAACAUUCUAAUUAAGGACCCCAAGUCAAAUUUGAUCCAACAAUGGUUGUCAGAACAAAGUGAUCUUGGCGUUGUUUCCAAAACUUUUCAAUUGUCGUCCCAUCCAAUACUGGGUGACUGGUCCAUUCAAGUUCAAGUGAAUGACCAGACAUAUUAUCAAUCAUUUCAGGUUUCAGAAUAUGUAUUGCCCAAAUUUGAAGUUACUUUGCAGACACCAUUAUAUUGUUCUUUGAAUUCUAUGAGCUUAAAUGGUACUGUCGUAGCAAAGUACACAUAUGGGAAGCCAGUGAAAGGAGAUGUAACACUUACAUUUUUACCUUUAUCCUUUUGGGGCAUGAAGAAAAAUAUUACAAAAAAUUUUAAGAUAAAUGGAUCUGCAAACUUCUCUUUUAAUGAUGAAGAGAUGAAAAAAGUAAUGGAUUUUUCAGAAGGGCUUUCUGAACACAUGUAUCUGUCUUCCCCUGGGCCGGUAGAAAUUUUAGCCACAGUGACAGAAUCACUUACAGGUAUCUCAAGAAAUGCAAGUUCUAAUGUAUUUUUCAAGCAACAUGAUUACAUCAUUGAAUUUUUUGAUUAUGCUACUGUCUUGAAGCCAUCUCUCAACUUCACAGCAACUGUAAAGGUAGCCCGUGCUGAUGGCAAUCGACUGACUUUUGAGGAAAGAAGAAAUAAUGUGGUUAUAACAGUGACACAGAAAAAUUCUUCUGAGUACUGGAGCAGAUGGGACAGUAGAAACCAGGAAACAGAAGCUGUCCAGAUCAUAAAUUAUACCCUCCCCCAAAAUGGAGUCUUUAAGAUUGAAUUCCCAAUCCUGGAUGAUUCCAGUGAGCUACAGUUGAAGGCUUCUUUUCUUAAUAGUGUGAGUAGCAUGGCAGUUCAUGGUAUGUUUAAGUCUCCCAGUAAGACAUACAUCCAGCUAAAGACAAGAGAUGAAAAUAUAAAGGUGGGAUCACCUUUUGAGUUGGUGGUUAGUGGCAACAGGCGAUUGAAGGAGUUAAGCUAUAUGGUAGUAUCCAGGGGACAGUUGGUGGCUGUAGGCAAGCAAAAUUCAACAACCUUCUCUUUAACACCAGAAAAUUCUUGGGCUCCAAAAGCCUGUAUUAUUGUGUAUUAUAUUGAAGAUGAUGGGGAAAUUAUAAAUGAUGUUCUAAAGAUUCCUGUUCAGCUUGUUUUUAAAAAUAAGAUAAAGCUGUUUUGGAGUAAAGCUCAUGCUGAACCAUCUGAGAAAGUCUCUCUCAGGAUCUCUGUGACACAGCCAGACUCGACAGUUGGUAUUGUAGCCGUUGACAAAAGCGUGAAUCUGAUGAAUGUCUCAAAUGAUAUUACAAUGGAAAAUGUGGUCCAUGAGUUGGAACUUUAUAACACAGGAUAUUAUUUAGGCAUGUUCAUGAAUUCUUUUGCAGUUUUUCAGGAAUGUGGCCUCUGGGUAUUGACAGAUGCAAACCUUUUGAAGGAUUACAUUGAUGGUGUUUAUGACAGCGUAGAAUUUGCUGAGAGGUUUGCGGAGGAAACAGAAGGAUACUUGGUAGAUUUUCAUGACUUCUCUUCGGUUAGCAACCCACGUAUCAGAAAGCAUUUUCCAGAGACUUGGAUUUGGCUAGACACCAACAUGGGUUCUAGGCUUUACCAAGAAUUUGAAGUUACUGUGCCUGAUUCUAUCACUUCUUGGGUAGCCACUGCUUUUGUGAUCUCUGAAGACUUAGGUCUUGGACUAACAAGUACUCCAGUGGAGCUACAAGCCUUCCAACCAUUUUUCAUUUUUUUGAAUCUUCCCUACUCUGUUAUCAGAGGUGAAGAAUUUGCUUUGGAAGUAACCAUAUUCAAUUAUUUGAAAGAUGCCACUGAGGUUAAAGUAAUCAUUGAGAAAAGUGACAAAUUUGAUAUUCUAAUGGCUUCAAAUGAAAUAAAUGCCACAGGACACCAGCAGACCAUUCUGGUCCCCAGUGAGGAUGGGGCAACUGUUCUUUUCCCGGUCAAGCCCACGCAUCUGGGGGAAAUUCCUAUCACAGUCACAGCCAUUUCACCUGCUGCUUCUGAUGCUGUCACCCAGAGGAUUUUAGUAAAGGCUGAAGGAAUAGAAAAAUCAUUUUCACAAUCUAUCUUGUUAGACUUGACUGACAACAAGUUACAAACUUCCCUGAAAACUUUGAGUUUCUCAUUUCCUCCCAACACAGUGAGUGGUAGUGAACGAGUUCAGAUCACUGCAAUUGGAGAUAUCCUUGGUUCUUCCAUCAAUGGCUUAGCCUCAUUGAUUCGGAUGCCUUAUGGCUGUGGUGAACAGAACAUGAUAAAUUUUGCUCCCAAUAUUUAUGUUUUGGAUUACCUGACUAAAAAGAGACAACUGACAGAAAACUUAAAAGAAAAAGCCCUUUCAUUUAUGAGGCAAGGUUAUCAGAGAGAACUUCUCUAUCAGAGGGAAGAUGGCUCUUUCAGUGCUUUUGGGAAUGAUGACCCUUCUGGGAGUACUUGGUUGUCAGCUUUUGUUCUAAGAUGUUUCCUUGAAGCUGAUCCUUACAUAGAUAUUGAUCAGAAUGUGUUACACAGAACAUAUACGUGGCUCAAAGGACGUCAGAAAUCCAAUGGUGAAUUUUGGGAGCCAGGAAGAGUGAUCCAUAGUGAGCUUCAAGGUGGCAAUAAAAGUCCAGUAAUGCUUACAGCUUAUAUUGUGACUUCUCUCCUGGGAUAUAAAAAGUAUCAGCCUAAUAUUGAUGUACAAGAGUCUAUCAACUUUUUGGAGUCUGAAUUUAAUAGAGGAAUUUCAGACAAUUAUACUCUAGCUCUUACAACUUAUGCGCUGUCAUCCGUGGGGAGCCCUAAAGCCAAGGAAGCUUUGAAUAUGCUGACUUGGAGAGCAGAACAAGAAGGAGGCAUGCAAUUCUGGGUGUCAUCAGAGUCUAAACUUUCUGAAUCCUGGCAACCACGUUCCCUGGAUAUUGAAGUUGCUGCCUACGCGCUGCUCUCACACUUCCUGCAGUAUCAGGUGUCUGAGGGAAUCCCGAUUAUGAGGUGGCUCAGCCAGCAAAGAAAUAGCUUGGGAGGUUUUGCAUCUACCCAGGACACCAUUGUAGCCUUGAAAGCCCUAUCUGAAUUUGCAGCUCUAAUGAACACAGACAGGACAAACAUCCAAGUGACUGUGAUGGGGCCCAGUUCACCAAGUCCUGUAAAGUUUCGGAUUGACACACAGAAUCGCUUUCUCCUCCAGACGGCAGAGCUUGCUGUGGUACAGCCAACUGCAGUUAAUAUUUCCGCAAGUGGUUUUGGAUUUGCUAUUUGUCAGUUUAAUGUGAUUUAUAAUGUGAAAGAUUCGGGUUCCCCAAGAAGACAAAGAUCUAUUCAAGACCAAGAAGCUUUUGAUUUAGACGUUGCUGUAAAAGACAAUAAAGAUGAUACCAAUCACUUGAAUUUGAAUGUGUGCACAAGGUUUUUGGGCCCAGCUAGAAGCGGCAUGGCCCUUAUGGAAGUGAACCUCCUCAGUGGUUUCACCGUGCCUUCCGAUGCAAUUCCUCUGAGCCAGACUGUGAGGAAAGUAGAACAUGAUCAGGGAAAAGUCAACUUAUAUUUAGAUUCUGUAAACGAAACCCAGAUUUGUGUGGAUAUUCCUGCUGUGAGAAACUUUAAAGUUUCUAAUACACAAGAUGCUUUGGUGUCCAUCAUGGAUUACUAUGAACCAAGGAGACAAGCGGUGAGGAGUUACAACUCGGAAGUGAAGCUGUCCUCUUGCGACCUCUGUGGGGACGUCCGCGGAUGUGGGCCUUGCGAGAGAGGAGCUACAGCUUCCCUUUACCCUGCUCCAGUCACUGUGGGGCUCGGUGUCAUGCUGCUGUUCCCUUUGCAGGGUUGGCUGUGAUUCCUUUUUUCAGGACUCCAUGUAACAUCGACAUUUCCAGAAGUCACACGUCUUGUUUUCAUGAUCAAGUAUCACUUCUAUUUUUGAAAAACGAUUUUUUUUUUCUUUUUAUGGGGUUGUGGGGGAUGGUGCACAAACAGGUUCUAGGAUGCACAGGUGCAUAGAUGUCUUCACCUGACUUCUGUGUAGAACAGAAAAUCAGACUUUUGCAGUCGUGCGUCUUUAUUUCCCCCCUCUUAAAAAUCUUUCAGGAGUGUUUCAUGAAGGUGUUGUUUUCCCCAGAAUAAAUGUGUUAUUUUAGAUUAUUCUUUUUUUUUUUUCCUAGAAGAAAUGAACCUAGGUUCUUAAGCAUUACUAUACACCAGUGUUGGCUUUAGCAUUAAAGACAGAUGUUUGGGAACUGGGAGAAAGCAACCAGAAGGAGAAGCUUGCUCUGUUCCCUUCCCCCAUCCACCCACGCCUGCCCUCUGCCCCGCCUCACCCCCAGUGGUCUCAGUAUAUCCUUCUUAAUUGGAUAGCACUUGUUCCUUUUUAGUAGGGGGUGAAUUUUUUUUUUUUUUUAAAGUGAAGUGGUGUUUUUUUUCCCACUCCAAUUAUAAUCUCAUCCCCCAACCUUUACCCUUCCUGUUUUUCUUCUGGAGAGAAGGAGAGAGGGAAUGUGUGAUUCAGAGCUUGAGGAGUGUACAGAAAACUGCCCUAAGGAGGAGUCCUGGGUGCACUGCUCUCCCUCUCACUUCCUCAGCCCCACACAUUGGCUCUGGUUCAGGGAUGUGAGUCAGAGGGCAUGGCAGUAUGUGCCCCGGGUGAUUUAGACUAGAAGAUCCUAGGCCAGAAGUUGCAGCUUUGUUGGUAAUGGGGGACGAUUAACUAGGGCACAACAAAAAGAUCCUGUCGAAGACGUGGCAGGCUGACCUCCCUGUCAUCUGGGAAAGAAGCUGGGGCUUGACAGGGACCGAGAGAGGUAAACAUGACUGCUGACCUCAAGUAUGGUAGGGGGUUGCCCGGGGUCCUGUAGAAGCUUUCCUAGACUCAGAUGUCUGAGCGCAGAGAGCCAGCUGUCUGGUGACAUCUAAUGCUUGUGUGAAUCUUUAAGAUAUCUGAACUUUGAGCACCUGGAUAAAUGGUUACCCUGCAUUCCGAAGGGUAAUAUUCAUUUAUCUGGGUGAAAGUUUUAAGAAAAUUUUAAAGAAAAAUUCCUUUUCUUCCACCUCCCUCUUUUUCCUCCUUCCUUCUUCCUUUCUUCUUUUCCUUCUAAAUACAUUGAAAUAUUUUAGAUAUAUCAAAAAUAAACUAAAGAUCUCUUAAAAUCUAGAAAUGGUUUAAUUUUGCUCCUUAAUUCCAUUGCACUUCUCUCGAGUGAACAUGGAAAAAAUAAUUACCAUGAGCUCCAAAAAGUCUGCAUUACAGUAUUUAAACUGUUUAAAAAAAUAAAUCCAUCAAAAAUAAGGGAUGCAAAUAAUAUCUUUUAAAGUUAAAUUUUAAAACUUUUUCAUAUCUUAGUGCAUUUUAAGAAAUUAUAGUACAGUGGAUGUUCAUAUAUUGCUUUUGGAUAUUUUGGAUACCAAGGCAGGAGUUACCAACAUUCAGUGUUCUAAAGCUUGAAACCUAGAUGUAGAAAAUAGAUCCUCAGAGUGGUAUGGAGAGGGAGAAGUUAAAUAUCAAAUAAAUAAUCUUCUUGUAUUUACUUUUAAGCGGGUAUAAGUUUGUAGUUCUGUUACACCUUUGAAACAGUCUGAUCGAAAAAUAGCAUUUGUUACGUUUGGGCCUUCAGGGAUGGUAUUUUCAGCCUUUAUAUCCUAGGACUUUUUUCUAGGAAAAUAUUUUCUGAUGAAGUUGGGGGAGGGUGUUGGCAAAGGGUGUCCUCCUCGCCCGCCUCGCCCAGGGAACCUUACACCGGCCACUGGUACCUUAUAUUCUUCAGUAAAUAAUUUAUACUGAACUGCUAGUGGAGUAUAUUGGGAAACACUAGAAUGGAAAGGCCAGUGGAAGAUAGCUUGUAUCUUUUUUAGGCCGUAUUUCCUCAUUUAAAAACUAGAACUCUAAUACUUUUUUGUGAAGUACUUUAGGUUUUCAGAUUAACAAGUCAUGUUGUAACUCUUCUUGUAAUGCAUCUCUUUUUAUUAUAAACUUCUUAAAAGUGGAGGAGGAGGAGAACGUCAGUCGGCUCUGCUUCAUGGUGCACGGGCUGUGGAGACGCCUUGUCUUCGUCCUCCUUCAUAGCCUCAUAUCUUUCUUAGAGAACUGGCUUUGUUACGAGCAGUGGGGUUGCAUUAAAGGUGAUUAAAAAGCCACAGGCAGAAGGGAAAAGGAAGACAUGUAGUAGUAAUAAUAGUAUAGACUAUUUUCUUUUCUGCAUAUGCUAUGACUAAUAGUAUUUAAAAAGCUCAUUUUACCUUUAAGUUUGCUUAUGCUGAGAUUCUUCCAUUUAGAAUGCCAUCCAUUUCAUUUCCUGAGAUGAACGAAUUUGAAAUCUCCCCUUCUCUUUCAAUGAGUGGGAACCUCAUUAAGACACCAGCGUCUACCACUUGGAGUUUUGACUGGCCAGUGGUUCCAGAGACUGGAUCACUAGUAGCCAAACAAUUCAAAGACAGAACAACACUUUCAUAUUUGCUUUCCCCAGCCUACUACAUUCGGUUAGAAUUCUAAAAAAGAUAUGAAGGCAACUAACGAUUUGUUUGCUGUAUCUACGAGUUCAGAAAAAAACAUGCCCGGUUAACGAAAAUGCUUUUUUUUUUUUUUUUUAAAUUGUAUUGCUCUAUUGUACUUUAUGUUUUUCAAAACACUGUAACAAUAGUAUCUUUGGUUUAGUAUUUUGGGUAUAGUAUAAUCUGAGGAGUGUUGUGCUAAUAUGAAAUCCAGAUAUACAUCUAUUACCUAACAACUUGUUACUUUAAAUAUGCAAUAUCAUAUUCUACACAUGGGGAUUUUCAGAAUUGUACAUAGCAUAGUUCUCCCUGCUCCCAUCCUUUUGAGCCUGGCUAUAGUUAUUUUUUAAAAACUUAUUAUUUAGCCCUAAUUUCUCUAUGUAAAAUAUAGUUAUAAAUAGUCUGGCAAUAUAAUACCAAUUAUCUUUAAUAUAAUUCAAUUAUUUAAUUCAACAUUUCUGGCUGUCCGAUGACAUUUAAAGAAAAUUGGAGCUAUCAUUUUUCUUUGUCAUUUUUAGAACAAGGUAGUUUAUUAACCUGCUGGCCUAUCAUCUGGAGUUUUUUGUAACAGCCUUACUCUUGGCUCAUUUGCUCUUUUGAAGCUUAGUACUGAUUUCUGUAGAAAUACGUUGUAUAUACCUACUUGACAAGGUUUCUUAAGGUGAAAACAGUACUUAUUUGAGUUUGCCGAGUGGCAAACCAUGGGUCCAGAUGCCAUUAUAGAUUCUUGGGGGCAUCAUUUGCUUGCACAGUAGAAGUCAGACUUUAGUUAAGUGAACUUGCUCUUGGGUUAACUUCAGAACCUGUUCUACUCUUGGUAGAGGCUUCUGUUAGACAGAAGAGUAUAUUCCUCAUUUUCCUUUGUUUUCAGACUCCAAUAAAGCAUAGCACUUUUAAGAACUUAAAAAUUUCAUAUCAUCUAUCAAAUGAUAUUUAUGUUAAUAGGAAAUACCUUAAGUUACACUGGGAGUAAUCUGAGGUGCAAUUAUUUUUAUCACUACUUUGAAUAGAGGACUGUUACCCUACUUUCUUCCAGAAACUAAGCAGUAAAUAUACAUUUUUAAUGAAGUAUGCAUUAGUGAGAGUAGGCUUGUUUCGAAACUAUUUCUAGCCAGUAUAUUUUUGUCUGCCUCAUCAAAACACAGUGCCACAUUGUAUCAUUCCAUAAAAUGUCAUUUUCAUUUCAGUUAUUGUCACACAGGAAAAUAGAUAUUUUGUAGAUGAUUUCUGAGCUUUUCACUUCAAAGGACACACAUUGGUAUGUGCAUAUCUCUGUAAUAGGGAUGAAUGAGAUUGAUAGACAUGUGGCUUCAUAUUUAAGAAUAAUUUUAUCUCAUGUUGUCAUGAGGCGACGAUUUACCACUCUUCUGCCCAGUGCAUUGAAUUCGUGGUAGAGGGUAGUGCCAUGUUCCAUUUGUAGAUCUUUAUGAUUUAUCUUUGAUAGCUUCAGUAGAAUAUGGCUCUAUUUUGGUCCUUCCUGGCUUUCUGUUUUGGAUUUUUAGUGGGGUACAGCUGAUUUGGUAGAGUCCAUUUAUUUUCUACACAGGAAGCUUUAUAAAAUUUUAUUCAUGAAUCCCCUAUUUUAAGAAUCUCUUCUGCAUAUGAGAAGAAUACUGUUGAAAUAAAGUAUUAUUUCCCCAAAAUUAAAGCAUUAUAUGUUGAUCAAAGUGAUUCUGAAAGUUUAAAUUUUAAAUGUUAGAAUGUUAUGUUAUUGUUAAUUGUAUUGUAUUAUAUAUUCAGUAGGAAAUCCUGGUUUAUCAAUAAAAAUUAAAA